AUGUAUCGCGCCUCGCGGCCACCCCGCCAGUUCCGUUCUCAAAAGGGAUGUUAUAUGCAAAAUGUUCCUGAUCUUUUUUCUCCCCUUGGGAGCGAGGGGUGGAAAAGAGAGAGACUAGAGAGGGGGGACGUAAUUCCUGGCCUGCUGCCGCCCCCUCCAGCACCUUCCCACCCCCCACCCCGCUCCCCUUUUGUACAACACCUUCCUUCUCCAGAGAAGACGACGGAGCGCCGCACACGACAGAUCUCCGCGGCGCGUCGAGACGGCGGAGGUAGCAAACUCCUUCUCCCGCGAGGGAGAAAAGCUGGACACCUUUUAUGCUGCGUCUGUGGCCCCCAAUCCCUCCCCCCCCACACAAAAUAA